CUGGGUCUAAAGCGACCUGCAAGCUAUGAAGACACGACUGUGUGACAAUAUGUUGUUGGUUCUGAUUCUGAUUAUGGUUCAGAUGAAUUGGGUUCACUCUCAGGAUCCCCAGUGGCUGGUUCACACAGUCUGCGACUCUGGACGAAUUACGGUGACCUACAGGAGCUGCGACCCUUUGCAGGAUGUAGGUUUCACUCUCCUGCCUUGCCCUGAGAGAUUAACCGAUCUUAUAAAAAUCAGAUUGGCCUUGAUUCUGAGGCAGUCCAUCGAUGAGCUUUAUUCAUCAUCUGAGCUGUGGCUAAAUGGUCACACAAUCUUGAAACGGGACGAGCCCCUCUGUCUUCCUCAUUUCCCACGUUUUAAGUUUUGUGGAAGCAGGAGAGGAGAAAUCAUCACCGUUGAGUCAUCAUUUAAGUCAAAAAUAGAUCUUCCUCUAAAGGCUGAUUUUGAUCUUAAACUACGUGCAAUAAAUCAAGACGGCUUCCUGAUUGCCUGUGUGAAUGCAACUCUCAGCUUUCAUUGAUCCUUUAAGAGCAGAGGACCUGUAACAUGUCUUACAUUGUGAUAAUUACAUAUUGUUGAACUCAGAUGUUAUUCUUAUAUUACUGCAUUUCAGCAAAGGAAUGUUUAAGUUGUUUUUGUUGUUCCUCUAUGAGAGACUAAUUGGUGUUUGUACAGUUAUGGGAACUGUACUGAGUAAAUGUCAGCGCGUGUUCAGGAUUUUUGAUGCUGUCGGAUGAUUUUAUAAUUUUAUUGUUUUGCCCUGG